AUGGCCGUCUCCGAGUCGCUGCUGCAGCAGCUGUUUGCGCUCACGCCGCUGGCCGAUGCGUCGCCCUCCGUCAAGGCCAUCUCGCUCGUCGUGGUGCUGCCGCUGCUCGCGGUGGUGCUCAACGUGGCGUCGCAGCUGCUGCUGCCCAAGCCCAGGAACCUCCCGCCCGUCGUCUUCCACUACGUGCCCAUCAUCGGCUCGGCAGUGUACUACGGCAUGGAUCCGUACAAGUUCUUCUUCGAGUGUCGCGCCAAGUACGGCGACGUGUUUACGUUUGUGCUGCUCGGCCGUCGCAUCACCGUGGCGCUCGGGCCCAAGGGAAGCAACCUGGUCUUCAACGCAAAGCACCAGCAGGUCACCGCCGAGGAUGCCUACACCCACCUCACCACGCCCGUGUUCGGCAAGGAGGUGGUGUACGACGUGCCCAACGCCGUGUUCAUGGAGCAGAAGAAGUUCGUCAAGGUCGGCCUCAGCAUCGACAACUUCCGCGUGUACGUGCCGCAGAUCGUCGACGAGCUCACCGAGUACAUGCGCACCGACCCGCGCUUUGCGCCCUUCCAGAAGGGUCAGUCGACGUUUAGUGUGGACAUCUUCCAGGCCAUGUCCGAGGUGAUCAUCCUCACCGCGUCGCGCACGCUGCAGGGCAAGGAGGUGCGCGAAGGACUCGACAAGAGCUUCGCACAGCUGUACCACGAUCUCGACUCGGGCUUUACGCCCAUCAACUUUGUCAUCCCCAACCUGCCGCUGCCGAGCAACUUUAAGCGCGACCGUGCGCAGAAGAAGAUGUCGCGCUUCUACCAGGACAUUGUCGCCAAGCGACGCGCCGCGGGCCACUCGGGCGCGUCGGACGAAGAGCACGAUAUGAUCGCGGCGCUUAUGGAGCAAAAGUACAAGAACGGCCGCGAGCUGAGCGGCGUCGAGAUUGCGCACAUGAUGAUUGCGCUGCUGAUGGCGGGGCAGCAUACGUCGUCGGCGACGGGAUCGUGGGCGCUGCUGCGGUUGGCGAGUCGACCCGAGAUCAUCGAGGAGCUGUGGCGCGAGCAGGUGAGCGUGUACGGCGAAUCGGACGGAAAGCUGCGCGAGCUCGACUACGAGACGCAAAAGACGUCGGUGCCUCUGCUGGAUGCGGUGGUCAAGGAGACGCUGAGGUUGCAUCCCCCUCUGCACUCGAUCAUGCGCUACGUUAAGGCGGACCUGGCUGUGCCUGCUACGCUUGCGGCUCCGUCGAGCGCGCGUGCCGAUGCAUCCUACGUCAUCCCGCGCGGACACUACAUUAUGGCCGCCCCCGGUGUAUCGCAAGUGGACCCCGCGCUGUGGAAGUCGGCCGAGUCGUUUGAUCCUCAUCGCUGGCUGGACAGUGCCACGGCAGCGGCUAUGCAGGACUCGGGCGAGGAACAGGCCGAUUUUGGAUUCGGCAUGAUCAGCACCGGCGCCAACUCGCCCUACCUCCCCUUUGGGGCGGGUAGACACCGCUGCAUCGGCGAACAGUUCGCUUACCUCCAGAUCGGCGUCAUCAUCGCCACGUUCGUGCGCGCAUUCAAGUGGGAGCUCGAGACGAAAUUCCCCGACCCCGACUACCAGUCCAUGGUCGUUCUUCCGCAAAAGAACGGCUCCAACAUCACCCUCACCCGCCGCACCUAA